AUGCAGGUACUCAACAAGUGGGUUCAAACUACUGAGACAGAGAUGGCCAAGGAGGUCCAACAGUCCCAUAUGAAGAGGAGCGAGCAGUCUCUGAUGCGGAAUAGGCUACUUCGGAAGCAUCUUCUCACUUCACUUGCACGUCUUGCUGUUACCCUGUGUGUCGGUGCCGGAGUGAUCGGCCUCCUCGAGGGUUGGGGUGGCCCUAAGGCUCUCUACUGGUGUGUUCAAACCGUGACCACUGUCGGGUAUGGCAACUUGCAACUCACGUCCACUGCGUCCAAGGUCUUUACGAUAUUCUUCAUUCCAAUUGGUGUGGCCGUGGGAGCUAGCACCAUGUCGAGCCUGGCGAGCAUUCCUCUUAUCAAGCAGCGGGCUAAGGCAGAGAGGAGGGUCCGUGGCUAG